UUACAAUGAUUACAAAGAAAAAGCACCGGUAUAAAAGCGAGGCCCUGUGUUCUGAUGUCUCAUCAUUCUCCCUAACCGUUGGGGUAAAGAUCUCAGCCAAGAGGCAAGAAAAGGAUAAAUUAUAGAAGGAUGUUGAAGGAAGUGUUCUUCUUAGUUCUGACGGCAUUAUGUCUGUCGGACGCCGUCAGUAUUAAAAGUCACGUUGCUGACAUGAAUUUCGUACAAAAGCAAAAGAAGAUCCAUGAAUUAUUGCUUUUUGUGAAACAAAACGUUUUAACUGACGUAGAAUUUUACAAUAUUGGACGUAACUAUAAAAUCGAGAACAAUGUGGAAAUGUACAAAGAAAAGGAUGUCGUCAAAGAGUUCCUUCAUUAUUACAAACGCGGCAUGCUUAGCCGCGAUGCCACCUUUUCGCCAUUCUACGAAGAGCACCUUAACGAAAUGAUUCUAUUGUUCAAACUCUUCUAUAAUGCUAAAGAUUUCGAUAUCUUCUAUAAGACCGCUGCUUGGGCACGAUUUUCCGUAAAUUCCGAUGUCUUCACGCUAGCUUUCUACGUUGCCAUUUUCUAUAGACCCGACUGCAAAUAUAUUAUGCCCAUGUUACCUUAUGAAGUAAAUCCAAAUUAUUUCUUUGACUCGAAUGUCAUUCAGGAGGCACAGCGCAUCAAAAUGAUGCAUGGUUUAACUUCUACUGGCAAUAUGAAUAAUACGGACAUUUACGUAAUCUACAGUAACUAUACUAACACAUUCUCGGAGGAAAACAAAUUAGACUACUUUACGGAAGAUUUUGGUUUGAAUACCUACUAUUUCUAUUUUCGUCAGAUCUUCCCAUUCUGGUUGAAUAGCAAAGAAUACAAUAUUCCUCGGGAAUAUCGUGGUAUUUUCUACUUGUAUGUCCACCAGCAACUGGUCGCUCGUUACUACUUGGAACGCUUGUCGAAUGACUUGGGUGAGAUCGAAGAUUUUAACUUACAGAAAAUAUUUUAUCCAGGAUUCUAUUCUUCUGUGGUAUUUGGUAACGAUGCCGUAAUACCCCCAUACAAGUCUUAUUACAAUGUACCUUAUUACAAAUACCAAUAUUUAAAGGAAAUUGAUACUCUAGAAUCUCGUUUUAUGGAUGCCAUUGAUUCUGGAUUAGUUUUAGACAGCAAUGGCAAAUUUGUAAACAUUUAUACUCCCGAAGGAUUAAAUAUUCUUGGUAAUCUGAUCGAAGGUAACUCUGAUACCUGUAACAAAUAUUACUACGGAAUGUAUGAAAUAUUGGCAAGAAAUGUUUUUGGAACCAACUUCGAUUAUACGGACAAAGACAAGACCAUGCCAAGUGCUAUGCAAUUUUAUAGUACCAGCAUGAGGGAUCCAGCUUUCUAUGCUCUCUUUAAUAAAAUCAAUAAUUACGUAGAAAGAUACAAGAAACAUAUACCAGUCUACUCCCAGAGCGAACUCGACUUCCCUGGUAUCAAGAUUGAAUCCGUCAAUAUGGACAAACUUUGGACUUACUUCGAUUAUUGUGAUGCAACGAUUAACAAUGCCGUAUACUUUAACAGUUUCAAAGAAGGAUCAUCCCUGUAUAUCAAGGCUCGUCGUUAUUGCCUCAAUUACAAACCAUUUACUUACCGUCUAAGUGUGAAUUCCGACAAAGACAUCAAGGUUCUAGUCAAGGUUUUCCUUGGACCUGCCAUAGGUCAAGACAUGAGUUACCUCAGCAAAUACUAUAAAUACUUCGUAAUGUUGGACCAAUUCGAUGUGUUACUAAAACAAGGUAUAAAUAAUAUCGAACAUGCAAGCACUGAAGCUAUUUACAAAACGUCUAGCGAUAAGCUUUACAAAAAACUUCAGAACGCUGUCAGUGGUAGCGAGCCAUUUACUUAUUAUGAAAAAGUCUACGCUUUUCCUGAACGUCUAACUCUUCCUAAGGGUAAACCCGAGGGUAUGAAAUUCAAGAUGUUCUUCUAUUUGAGUCCAUAUGACGAAUCGAAAAUGAUCCACAUCGAACUACCUAUCUUCGGUAAAAUGACUUACGACGGCAAGCCAUUCGGUUUCCCUCUUGACAGACCAAUGUACACCUGGAAAUUCUUUACUCCUAAUAUGUAUUUCAAAGACGUUUAUGUCUACAAUACAAAGGAUACCGAAAAGUUCUCUAAUUCAAACGCUAUCCCAGUUCAUACCGCCGACAAAGCAUAUCUAAUCAAACAGAAGAGUAUCUACGAAUUAUUUUGGCACGUCGAUCAGCCGACGGUUUAUCACCCAGAACUCUAUCAAAAGGCUCGUUCGUUCAGCAUUGAGGAUCACGUCGGUUCCUAUGCGGACAAGACUGCAGUGACCGAAUUCCUCCAACGCUGGAAACAUGGAAUGUUGCCACGAGGCCAAGUCUUCUCUAUCAUGUAUCCUCAACUUCACGAGGAAACUGUUUGUUUGUUCAAUCUCUUAUAUUCUGCUAAGGACUUUGACACCUUCUACAACACUGCAGUAUGGGCACGAUUCAAUAUGAACGAGCAUAUGUUUAUUUAUGCUCUUAGUGUUGCCGUUCUUCAUCGUAGCGAUACCCAAUACGUUCGUCUUCCACCUCUGUAUGAAGUCCUGCCAAAUUUAUUCUUCAACGACGAUGUUUUACAUAAAGCAUACCAUCUUGGAAUGGGUGAUACUAGUUUAAAAAAGACCGUAGGUGGUGUUAAUUAUCACGUGAUUCACAGUAACUACUCUGGUUGGUAUCUCGUAAGAAACGAUGUACCUGAACAAAAGCUGACCUAUUUCACCGAAGAUGUUGGUCUUGGACAAUACUAUUUCAUGAGUAGCCACGAUUUCCCUUAUUGGAUGAACAGCGUUCAAUACAAAUUACCUACCAACGUUCGAGGUGAAAUGUACUUAUUUAAUCACAAACAAUUAUUAACCCGUUACUAUUUGGAAAGAUUAUCAAAUGAUUUGGGCGAAGUUAACUAUGUUGAUGUCAACCAUCCAAUUGUUACUGGAUACUAUCCAACAAUGCACCAUCACAAUGGACUACCAUUCUCUCAUCGUGAAACCAAUACUGUAGUACCACUUUCCAUGCAUAAACAUGUACAGAAAGCUGAACAUCUUGAAACUCGUAUUGCCGAUGCCAUUGAUUCUGGUUACGUUGAAGAUGUUAACGGUCAAAAAGUAAAUAUCUAUACUGAGGGAGGUCUCAAUAUUCUCGGUAAUAUCAUCCAAGGAAACGCUGAUACAUUAAAUCCAAAAUACUAUGGACAAUACGACCUCCUUUGUAGAAAGAUCUUCGGACUCAGUUUGGAACCAAAUACCAAAUACCAAAUUGUUCCUAAUGCAUUAGAAAUCUUCAGUACAAGUACAAGAGAUCCUGUCUUCUUUAGCAUGUACAAGAACGUCGUCACCUACUUAUUAAAUUACAAAAAGAACAUGCCUAGCUAUACACAAGAAGAACUUAGUUUCCCUGGUGUCAUGAUUGAAUCUGUUGCCGUAGACAAAUUAAUGACAUACUUUGAUCACUUCGAAUCUAUGAUCAACAAUGUUGUUUCAGUACAAAAUCACAAAGAAGCUCAAUCCACGUUGAUAAAGGCACGUCAAAAUCGUCUCAAUCAUAAGCCUUUCACUUAUCACAUUACCGUAAACAGCGACAAAGUUGUAAAAGCUGUAGUACGUGUGUUCCUUGGACCCAAAUACACUGUACAUGGCCACGAAGUUGAUAUCAGUGAGAAUUACAUGAACUUCAUAGAAUUAGAUCAAUGGAUAGUCGACCUCAAAGUUGGUACCAAUAAGGUCGAACGAAGCAGCCAUGAAUCAAUCUACGUUGCUCCCGAUGACGUUCCUAGUGAAUUACUCUACAAGAAAAUGCUGAAGGCAAUCGAUGGUGUGGAGACAUACGCCUAUACCACGAAACUUUACGGAUUCCCAGACCGUCUGAUGCUUCCUAAAGGAAAGAAAGAAGGCAUGCCGUUCAAACUCUUCGUACACAUUGCGCCAGUUGAUGAGACCAAAUCCUUCAAGAUUGACUUGCCAAUCUGGGGAACUUCUGUCAUGGAUGGACGUCCAAUGGGUUUCCCAUUGGACAAGCCAGUUCAAGCGUACAACUUUACUUUAUCUAAUCUUCACUUCAAGGAUUCGACCAUGUACAGGAACUUGGCAGUUUUGGCCAUUCUGGCCUUCUGCCUUACCUCCGCUGAAUAUUAUACUGUUCAAACGGCUGACAAAGACUUUCUAUUAAAACAAAAAAAGAUAUAUAAUCUCUUGUAUCACAUUUCUCAGCCGAGUAUCGUCAAUCCUGAAUUGUAUAUCGAGGGUCAACAAUAUGAUAUUGAAGCAAACAUCAAUUCCUACACCAAUCAAGACGCUGUAAAAGAGUUCCUGUAUCUAUACAAGUAUGGAAUGCUACCACGAGGCGAUGUCUUUUCCAUUUACUAUCCUAAACAUCUUAAGGAAGGGGUGGCCCUGUUCCAUUUGUUCUAUUAUGCCAAGGAUUUCGAUGUCUUUUACAAAACAGCAUUAUGGGCUCGUAUUUAUGUAAACGAAGGUCAAUUCGUUUGUGCCCUUUACAAUGCUGUUAUCCGCCGUCCAGAUACCCUUUACAUUCAACUUCCACCUCUUUACGAGAUGUAUCCCUAUGCCUUUUUCAAUUCCGAAGUUCUGAAUAAAGCAAAUCAUGCGAAGCUCUACGGUAAGCUAGAUAAGCAGAAAUUAACUGGAUAUGAUACUUACAUUAUCCCAGCGAACUAUUCCGGCUGGUAUAUAACUUACGAACAUGAUCAAGAAAACAAAUUGAAUUACUUCACUGAAGAUAUUGGCUUGAAUUUGUAUUACUUCUACUUCAGACAACAGUUUCCCUUUUGGCUAAAAAGCGAAGAAUAUCAAUUGCCAAAAUAUCGUGGAGAAGAAUAUUUGUAUGGACAUAAACAACUUAUGACACGUUACUACUUGGAACGUCUAUCGAACAAUCUUGGUAAGAUAGAAGAAUUCGACUGGCACAAAGAGUUCUAUCCUGGAUAUUAUCCAACCUUGACUUAUCACAAUGGAUUGCCGUACCCGCAACGUCCAUACAUGAGUAUGUUCCCGUCUUACAAAUACAAAUAUAUCAAGGACGUAUACGAGAUGGAAUCACGUAUUUCCAGUGCUAUCGAUUCCGGUCUUAUCAUCGAUAGGAACUCCAAAUUGAUUAAACUUCAUUCUUCAAACGAUCUUAAUAUUCUCGGUAAUUUAAUUGAAGGUAAUCAGGAUUCAUAUAACUACGAUUAUUAUGGAAGCUUAGACUACUACAUUAGAAAAAUUUUGGGAUACAACGUUGAACCUACAACACCAUAUCAUGUUCUACCAAGCGCUCUUGAGAGUUUUGCUACAUCCUUGAGAGAUCCAGCUUUCUAUCGGCUCUACAAGAAGAUCUGUAAUUAUUAUUACAGAUACAAGUUACGCCAAGAGCCUUAUACCAAAAAUAUGAUUAUUUUCCCGAGUCUCAAGGUUGAAUCCUUUGCUGUAGACAAAUUGAUCACUUAUUUCGAUCAAUUCGAUACAUCCCUUAACAAUGGUUUGAUGGUCGAAAACCAACAAGAAGCUGAGAGCUAUAUAAUCAAAGCAAGACAAUAUCGUCUCAAUCAUAAACCAUUCAAUUUCCACAUAACUAUUAAUUCCGAAAAAAGUAUCAAAGCAUCUAUUCGUAUUUUCUUAGGACCUAAAUACGACAUACAUCGUAGAUUCCUUAAUUUCGAAGAUAACUUGAAAUAUUUUUAUGAGAUCGACAAUUGGAUAACCGAUCUGAAUGCCGGUAUAAAUAAGAUCGAUCGAAACAGCAAGGACUGUUUCUUCUUGUCUCCUGAUCCAGAACCGAGCGAAAUUUUCUACAAGAAGAUCGAAAGAUCUUUAAAUGAUUCCGAAACCCUUAAAUACAAUGAAAGACUUUAUGGAUUCCCGGAAAGAUUGCUUUUGCCUAAAGGAAGAGUAGAAGGUUUUCCAUUAUAUAUGUUCAUCUAUGUCAGCCCAGUAACCAGUGAGCCUCUUUUAUACACGUCUCGUAUCUUCGGUAAUUACAAAUUUGAUAAUAAACCAUUUGGAUUCCCCUUGGAUAAGCCAACCGUCGAUUUCCAUUAUGAUGGACCUAAUAUGUUACUAAAAGAUGUCUUCAUUUUCCACAAGGACGAAAUUGAAAAUUUUAACGACAUAGUUAUUUGAUUUAUCAUUUACGUAAUUCAUUAACGAAAUGUUAAUUUUUAUUAAUACAUCUAAUAACUUCAUUUU